AUGACUGCCCAAAACCAGGCAGAUGCUUUCUGCCUCGAGUGCCAUUGGGAGGAUUUCCAUAUUGAUGGCAAGGGCCCUACGGAUUCCUCGGGGGCUCCCCGACCCCAAUGGCCCUGCUCGGACCAUAACCAUCACAACUCGCUAGGGUGUGAGGUCGACGAGGCCUGCUGUGAUGUGGACGAUUGCCAGGUAGAUGAUUGCGCGCUAGACUGUGGGUCAAUAUGCGGCGGCUUCGUGGAGUGUGACGCUUCGAGCGUCUGUUCCGUGCCUCACUGCGAUGACACCCACUGCGAUGAGCAAAACUGUGAAAGCACAGACCCUGUCUGCUUUGAGGAUCACUGUUGUGAUGCCACUGCUGAGCCAGAUUGCGGCUUCGACUCCUUGUUCGGUCUAAAUACUCCUUUUCCCCUGGACACAUCGACUUUGUUACCUUCUACCACCAUGAAUGACCAUGUUGGCGAACCGGGCAAAUUCCCAGAGCAUACUGUGCCCAGGCCUCUUGACCCGUGCUACCAUCAUGACUUCCUACACUCGUACCAGGCUCAUGCCAACCACUGUGAUGGUAAUGUCUCCAAUCACCUCGAAUGUCAUGACUUCCAAAAGGAUCUUCAGGGGCUGUUUCCGACCCAGCACUACCCUAUCCAAACGGACGUUAACCCAGCAGAGGUCUUCCAUAUGAUGGGGAUGUGUUCGGACUACUCCAUCUGCGAGAAUCCCCAAGUACCCGAGCAACAACCCGCGACUCAUCUCGAGAAAACUAAACUUGAACCUACAAUGAACCCUUUACAUUGCGCUCACCCCGAACAUCACCAUGUCCAUGGCGACUUCAAGAACCCUAACGACCUGAACCUUCAUAUCCCUCGAGGGCCGCACCGCAAUCAUCACCGAUGCAGAGGCCAUCACCACCUCCACUCCCAUCCCUAUUCACCUUACUCUCGCCAGUCACGAUCUAGCGUGAGCUCGCAUUUCCUUUCGAGUCCCGGAGAGACUCCACCCCCGCUGGACGGUGGUGUAUCGUCGGUCUUAACGACCCCCGACUUCUCCGCUGAAGAUAGCGACUUGCAUAUUUGCAAAUGGGUAAUCUCAAUACACGGGUUGGAAGCUGCCUGUGGCGCAACUUUUGCAGACGCUGGCGCUUUGCAAGAUCAUUUGGUCGCUAGCCAUAUGAAUACUGUUGAUGGAGCUAGAGGCAACGGAUACUAUUGCUGCUGGGAAGGGUGCCAUCGCCCAGAUGAGCCAUUUUCUCAAAAGUCAAAACUCCAGGGCCAUUUCCUCACCCACAGCAACUACAAAAACUUCAGGUGCUCCGUGUGUGGCAAGUCAUUUGCUCGACAGGCAACCUUGGAUCGCCAUGAGCGCAGUCAUCGUGGUGACAAGCCCUAUAGGUGCAAGAUCUGUGCGAAAACAUUCACAGAUAGUAGUGAACUGAAAACGCACUCGCGAACCCAUUCCGGCGAGAAGCCAUUUAAGUGCACCUAUCCUGGAUGCAAUUUCCAAACUGGAGAUUCAUCCAAUAUGUCAAGCCACCGGCUGACCCAUGGCGAGCGCAGGCAUAAAUGCCCUUACCCUGGUUGUGCCAAGAGCUUCACUCGCCCUGAUCAAUUGAAACGCCACCAACGGACAACACACAAGGAACCAUCUUCCACCCUUCCAUCCCCCAGCCCCGACCACUUUACUCUCACUCCCUUCGCCGUGGUCUAA